AUGUUCCCCACCAACGCCGGCAACAUGUCGAUGGGCGGACUCAACAACAAUGGCAACGUCAACGGCGGCAACAUGGGCGCCGGCCUCGGCUUUGGCAUGAACAACAACGGCAGCCAGAUGCACGGCAACAUGGCCAACGGCGUCCAGUCGCAGGAGACCGGCAAUUCCCAGUCCACCUCCGAAUACACGCUCGCCGGCAUCCUCCACCAUCUGCAGAGCGAAUGGCGCCGAUACGAGAAGGACCGCAACGAUUGGGAGAUCGAGCGUGCCGAGCUGCGCGCACGCAUCGCCCUGCUCGAGGGCGAGCGCAGGGGCGUCGAGAACCUCAAGACCGACCUCAUGAGGAGAGUCAAGAUGCUCGAGUACGCUCUGCGCCAGGAGCGCUCCAAGUACCUCUCGUCCGGCGGCAGCACGAUCAACUCGCAGUCGGCAUCGUCUCCCUUGUCGGCCAACGCGCCUCCAGCCAAAAACCCGCUGUUGCAGGGCCUCGAAAAGGGUACCUCCAGCAGCGGUCGCAGCUCGCCCGCCCCCUUCCCCGAAGCUGCGCCUACGGCAUCCGCCAUCGCAGCCGCAGCAGGCUCGGCAGGUGCGAUGGGCACCGGCCUGCUUUCGCGCUCCACCUCGAGCGCCAAGGACCCCAAGUCGCGCGCCAAGAGCCGAGAGUACCUCAAGCAGUGCCUGCAGGAGAUCUCCUACCUCACCUCGGCAUCCACAUUGAAUCCGCUCCCGGACCGCGGCAUCGCCUCGGGAUCGGCUGCCAACGGCACCAACAUGCAGAGCGCGCUACGACCCCGAAAGACGAUGCUCGAAAUUGUGCCGCCUACGCUUCCUGGCCCUACCGAGUCGCACGCCGCCUUGGCAGGAUCCAUCAGCCGCGCAUCGGGAGCCGCACUGGGCAUCCCAAAUGCCAAGGGCGGUCGUCCCGGCCGAUCUCCGCUGUUUGCCUCGGAACCCGUGCUGGAGGAAGCGAACGAGACUGAAGAGCCUCAAGAAGGCGGCCUGGAGACCGUGCCAGAACAGCGAGAGGUGGAUGGUGCAGAGCAGCUCAGUUCUGGCGCUGAAUCCGUCGCGCCUCUCAAGAACCCUCUGAGCGCCACGUUCGCCGAGCCCGAACCUUCGAGCAGCGCCAGCCCCGAGGAGACUGGCGACGAGCAGCGCGAACAGGACGAGGCGCCCGGCAGCUCGGGCUCUUCGGACUCGUCGCGCUCGUCGCAGUCGACGGACUCGCGCGGCAACUCGGCGGGUAGCAUGACGGACCAGGAGAUGGACGAGCAGGAGCAGGUGACGGCCAUCUUCAAGCCGGGCGGACGUGACUGGCAGAAGCUCAAGGAGGCAGGCAUCAAGAGCCGCGAGCGGCGCGAGAGCGAGCGACAGGGCCAGGCGGCGGAAGAGGCGUCGAUCAUCUCGGAGGCGCAGCAGCAGCUGGCCAUCACGUCGGAAAAGGUGAAUCAGCUCAUGAACCGUAGCGGACGGGCGGCGGGCUCGGAGCGCAAGGACGAGGAGGAACUGGCGAACCUGAGCCUGGUCGCCGAGGACGACGAGGCGGCCAAGGAGGCGGCGGAGGCGGCGGCGGACAGCCUGCUGUGGAAGUCGAAAAAGGUGCUGCGAAGCCACCUGGACGCGGUGCGAGCGGUGGCGUUCCUGCCAAAUGAGAUGUGCCUGCUCUCCACGUCGGACGACAACACGAUCAAGUUCUGGAACCUGGAUGCGCAGACGCUCAACCAGCCUGCGGGCAAGUCUGGCACGGACAGCCAGCCGCUGGUGACGUUCCGUGGCCAUUCUGCGGCGGUGACGUGCGUAGCGGUGUCUCGCAGCAAGCGACGCUUCUAUAGCGGCAGCCUGGACUCGUCGAUCCGCGUGUGGCAAUUGCCAGACGGAUCGACCGAGGCGUACCCGCCGUUUGAAAAGUCGAUGGAGCUGGGCUGCCUGGUGGGCCACUCGCAGGCGGUGUGGGAUGUGGCGCUGGUGCCGGAGCGUUCGGACGACGAGGGCCGACUUGCCAGCGCGUCCGCCGACGGACUGGUCAAGGUGUGGAACGUCGGCGCGAGCCAGGCGGAGGGCAAGUCGAAGGCGGCAGCGACGCUCGAGCUGAGCUGGGACUACUUUGGCAGCGAGCCUGCGGCGGAGGCGGCCAAGGAGCGCGAGAACCUCGAGAAGAGCGGCACGCUGCCGGUGCCGACGUGCGUGGAGGCGUGCCACUGGGACCUGCGUCUGGUGGCGGUGUCGUACUCGAACUCGGUGGUGAAGCUGUUUGAGCUCGACACGGGACGACAGGUGCGCCAGCUCAAGAGCGACGAGACGUUUGACGGCACGGCCGAGACGCAGAUCAACAAGCUGGUGACGCAUCCGACGCUGCCGCUGCUCAUCACGGCGCACGAGGACGGCUACAUCCGCAUGUUUGACCUCGACACGGGCGCGUGCACGCUGUCCAUGGUGGCGCACCUGGAUGCGGUGACGUCGCUCGACAUCGACGCUUCCGGGCUCACGCUGGUCUCGGGCGGACACGACUGCAGCGUGCGAUUCUGGGAGAUCGCCGGCGGCACGCUCUCGGGCAAGGAGGGCAGUGGCGUUGCGGGCGGCGAGGGUGGCCAGUCCGGGUCGGCAUCGAGCGCAGUGUGCCGACAGGAGAUCAGCUCGCACCGCAAGAAGGCGGGCGAGGGCGUGCUGGCGGUCAAGUACCAUCCGACAGCUCCCUACUUUGCCUCGGCAGGCGCGGACGGCGUGAUUCGCAUCUACGGCUGA